GCCACUCCCACUGCGGACUCCUACGAGUCUGCCACUGAGGAAGCGGACGGCGACCAGGCCGCGCCCAGCACAGCCACACCGUGGGCGCGGCGUACCGCUAGGAAGACGACGUCGGCUAAGAGCGCCGCACUCCCUUCCGAGCAGCAUGUCUCCCUUGCCCCAGUGACUCCGGGCUCAUGGGAGCCUGCUGCAAUGGAGGCUGGCAGUGUGUCUCCUCCGGUGUCCGAGUGGGAGUGGUCGCAGCAGCCCUCCCGGGCUGACCCCGACCCUGCCUCCGGCUCCGUCUCGCUGCUACUGCUGGAGCUGGGUGGGGCAUCCCCAGGAGCGGAUGCUUGGGCCGACCCGCCCCUGUCUGGCCUCGGGGGAGGCGGUCAAUUCAGGAGGAGGCUCCUCCUUAGCACCAGACGUGUCGUCAGCCCGACUUUUGCCAUCCCCUUUCGCCUUUCGUACCGACUUGGGGGGUCGGGACCUAUUUCUAAGAAAGCUGGAGCGAGAAAGACGCUGAGCAUCCGGCUUGGUGGCAGCGCGGUUUGCAGUGACCCGCUGGUAUGCCUCCUCGAGGGCCUUGUCCUUGCGUACGGCCGAGGGGGGGGCGGAGCGGCCUUGGUAACCAGCGCUGGAGCCACCAGUGUCCGGUGCUACUUCUUGGCUGCCCUGCCCUUGCCCUUUGCCUUGGGCUUGGCUUUGGGCAGGGUUGGAGCCACCACGCCGUCCGGCCUGGAGGCCGUCGUCAUGGAGGUGGACGACGGCUCGCCCUCACCCAAAGCUGACGCAAAGUCGCCGCCUGCAAACCCUAGCAGCCCUGGCCACUCCGCGGACUCCUCGGACACCUUACCCUCCGGCACUAGUAAAGAUGAGGAGAUGGAGAACAAAGGGGCAUCUUGUAGCAGCGCUAAAGGUCCCUCCAAGCAGGAGGACCUCGAGGAUGCCAUUAGAGAGCGCCUCGAUGUCAGUAUGGCCAAGCCGGAGGUUGUGGACUCCACACCUCUCACAAGCCAGCCGACCGCCUUUUUGGCUGCCAACAGUUCUCCCGAGGGCUCCAGU